CCCGGCCAGGAGCUCAAGGGCCAGACAGGACGGUCCCACGGGCUAGAUGUGGCCCGCAGGCCCCAGUUUGCCCCCCUCGGAGUUAGACCUUAAUCUUUCUCUCUUUUCAUGGGGCCUGAGCCUGUGAGGUGCCGAGCGCUUCCCAGAAGGUGGGAAUUGAGGGACCUCACAUCUGCUUGAAAGGGAGCUAGCAGGACUCUCACUUCACCUAGUGGGAAGUACUUGGCUCCUCCUAGGCUCAGGCCUAUAAUGCCUGGGUCACUAACAUUUCCUCCCCUCCUUUCCUCAGCCCAUUUGCCAGGCAGCUUAUGAUAAUGACUUCAAUCAAAUUCAACUGCUGCUGGAAGAGGACAGCAAUUAUUUGAACAUUCAAGACAGCUUUGGGGGAGACACCCCCCUAAUCUGUGCGUGCAGACAGGGACACAACAGAAUAGUCAGUUUCCUUUUGAAAUGGAACGCGGAUGUGAACAUCAGAAACAAGGUCAGGAGGGAUGGCAAUUCCAAGGGAGCGCUCUUCUCUCCCUUCCCAGGCCUGCUGUUGCAGCAUUACAGAGGAGGAGCAGACCAAUACAUUUUUCACAGAAAGAUCGCACAUGUUUGCAUUAUGCUGUGAGAAAACGGUUUAGUUUCCUUGACUACCUGCUUAUUAUCAUCCUAAUGCCUGUUCUGCUUAUUGGCUAUCUUAUCAUGGUAUCAAAAACUAAGCAGAAUGAAAACCUAAUCAAGAUGUUACUUCAAGCUGGCACAGAUGUUAAUGCUACGGACUAUUCUGGUAACACAGCCCUUCACUAUGCCUGUGAAAUGAAAAAUCAGUCCGUUGUCCCUCUACUACUUGAAGCCCAUGCAGACACUUCUAUAAAGAAUAAGAAUGGGGAGUCUCCACUGGAUAUAGCGAGAAGAUCAAAGUUCACCAACAUUGAAUGUGUGUUAAAGAAGGCAUCCUAGUCCUUAAUGAGAUGAUGUUAAGAGUGUUAGGCAUGGAAAAAAAAAAUCUACUUAUCUGGGCACUCCCUGUUGUACAGUACCAAGAAUGCCCUGGAGGCGUCUUUUUUUUUUUUAAAAGAUUUGAUGUUUGCUGAAGACAUGUACUGUAUUAUAUUUACUGGUAUGCAGUCAGUACAUACGGCAUAUAAAAUACAUAGCCCUGUGGUAUGCUUGGAA